AUGGCGUUGAAGCUUUUGAUAUUUUUAAUAGUAGUAGUAGUUGCGGAGGAGGAGUUAAAAGACUUUGAGUUCUCCGAUCCCGACGAAGUGAUGAUAGCGCAGGAAUCGAGACAUUAUCAGACAUUCGUGAAACCGCCUGUGAGGAUAAUAAAGCCUACGGGGGUGACAAAUUCUCACCGGCCUCAGUAUAAUUUGGAUUCUUUUGAGGAGGAUUUAUCUGAAGAAGUGACGACUAAGAGGAGUGUGAGUUACAAGCCUUCGUACAAGAUGAGGUCCAAGGAGGGGCUGAUAAAGGAGGCGGUGCUGCGCGCCCUGGAGCGCAAGGACCACGUGGGGAAGUUCGCGCAGAUAGUGCCGAUCAUCCGGGCGAUGUCGGGGUCGCAGCGGGUGGCGCUGGCGGCGCUGGUGGCCAGCCAGGUCACCCCGCCGCCCGGGAGACCGCCGCUAAAUUUAUCGCAGGUGAGAUCGAUGUUUGGUAACAACGUGAACACGACCACAGAUCUGAUGCUCCCGAUACUGUUAGACAUGGCCAAUCUAAUUAGACGAGCGGUCGGCCCGGGGAAGGAGCUAAGGGAAGUCAAGAUCACACAGGCGCCACCAGCACAGCUACUAAGACGGUCAUUCACUGAGGACACAGUUCUCGACGAAGAACCUUUCGACACAGGGUUUGAAGAACAAACAACAAAAAGACCACUCACACUCGCCCAGAGACUAAGAAAUCGCAUUAGAGGCAACCAACAACCUAAUAACUCAGGCACACAACAGAAAACUAUUGAAAACAAAGCAGACACACAAAAUUUGAAACUUGAUACGAAACAAGACGAUAAAGAUCAUAACCACACGAACGCCAAAAAAAUCGCAAUGGUCAGUACUUCAGAAGUGGCCACGAUCUCCAAAGUGAAGAAUGCUUCGAGAACAGAGGUGGGCAUGCCGGACCUCACGGCGGACUCCAGCAACCAGACGCUGGCGCAGGACCUACCGGUGGCUGAGAGGUUGAGGUCCGUCAACAGAUACAUUGAUAGAAAAGGAAACCUGAUCCGCCGCGGCAGCUACCCCCCCAAGCCAGCAGUGCGGCGCACCACCGCCGAGCCCGCCGUCUCCCCCGUCCGCCGGCGACCCCCGCCCGCCAGGAAACUCCCCGCCUCCCCCAGCGAAAUGGCCAAGUGUGAGCUGUUCACUAACACGCUGUGUCUGCACGCUGAUGAUUAUCCUACAGAUGCCAUAGUGCAGUCUAUACGGCGGAACAAGGCGGCGGCGGGCGCGCUGCUGGCGGACUUCAAGGACCCGGGCGAGGGCGCGCUGGACGGCAUCACUCCUGCGCAGGAGGCCAAAUAUACAGCUGACCAUUAUCUCGUCUCCAACAGGCGAGGAGACACAGCCAACCGCGACUUCGCGGGCGCCGGCGAGGCCGGGUUCAUGUGCCCCAGCGCGGUGAAGUACGCGCGGCCGCAGCGCGCGCGCGCCACCUCGGGCCAGUGGAAGUACAUCGUCAACACGGGGGAGCACACGCAGACGCUGAGGCUCGAGAAAUGUUUGAAACCGAAAGACUCGUGCACUUACCUCACGGACAACUUCAAGUCGAAAUGCGUGCAAGUGUACAACUACCACCGGCUGCUCACCUGGGACCAGCAGAAUGGACUGCACAUGGACAUCUUCAAGGUUCCCACAUGUUGUUCCUGCCAUAUUGAGGGUUACAGCGUGUCCUUCCCGCCGCUGGGCCACAGGAUUCACGAAACUUCUUCAGAACACUUCCCUGGAGAGGACCUAUCUUCCGAACAUGGAAACCAUGCCUUUGAAUCCGUUCAGUCUACAGUACACCGACCUACCAUCAGCAAAAACCCACCAUUUACUUCUUUGAACAAACAAUUAGAAUCCUUUCCACCAUUUUCCGAUAACCAUAAUCUUAUUUCGGGAAGUCCAUUCAGCAAUGCCAAAUUAAAUGAAAAUGAUGAAAUCUCUACUGGAAAUUUACCAUCAUCGAACCCCAUGGAUUCAUACGGGAAUACAUACUUCCCAGACUCAUUCAAUCAAGCUACUUCGGUGAGAAACGUCAAAAGGCCAUUACCCCCUCGCAGUGCAGUAGGGACUGCCAAUUUUGAUACAGCUACUCUGCCAAGUUAUUUAGAACCCCCUACUCCGUCCGGGCCUUCUUCUUUUGCUUCGUUUGUUAAAGAGACGCCAAGUAAAUACAAAAUCAAUAGCAAUCAGUUUAAGAGGGGGCCUAUAAGACCAAGCCGUAGACCACUAAGAAAGAAAAUAUCAGGAGGACCUGACGAUUUGGUAUCAUCGGGAACAUCAGCAGUCGAAUCAUUGACCGGUUCGAACUUGGAGUCCAUGGAAGACUAUAAUGAUGAGGAAGAUCAGGAAAUCGGCCAAGUAACUGCCAACAUUCCUCACAAGAGGAUAACUAUAGCACCAAAAUUACAAGCAGUCACCACAGAAAGAACUACAUCAUACAGACCUCAAGAUCAAAGUAAUAUAGUAAAUGAAAAUUUCACAUCGAACGGUAAGAGAGUAAAUUAUAAUUAUCACCCUAUCAUAGAUUACUUUGGAGCAGAUGACAAAGAAGGUGAAAAUGACUCUAUAGAUCGAGAAGAUAGCGUUUCGACGUACAUACCUGUACCAGAAUCAGAAUGGAAGCCGAUAAACCACCCUUCCUCUAGAAAUAUUCAAACAUCAAGUUCUAGCAGGAAAAAGGCAUUAACAUGAUAUAAUUAAGUUAGUAUUAUUUUAAUAUUUACGUGUAUACCAUAAUAUGAUUUGAAGUGAGAAUGAGUGUGUGUAAAAUAUCUUAAUAAUAUUCUUAAUAAGUAUUUUUAGAAAAUAUCUUGAUCACAAACGAAAC